GUUGACGACCUCAUGUCUUUGUUUCAAGCAAUUGCACCGUUCAAAAUGACCGUAGUUAACCCUUCUAGAAGCCAUGGUAUCUACCAUAAUCCGUCGGCAGCGUCUUGGAGCCACCAACCACCGACCACUAGCAACCCACUGAUCCUCAAGUUCCACCAGAGACUCCCAGAAUACAAGCAAACACCACUCGUCCCUCUCCCAGAUCUAGCAAAAGAGCUUGGAGUGAGCCAUGUCCUCGUCAAAGACGAAUCAACCCGCUUCGGCCUCCCAUCGUUCAAGAUCCUCGGCGCCUCAUGGGCGAUUUAUUGCGCGGUCGCCGCACAAUGCGGCCUCGAUGCGACCGUCGAUCCACCCAUCUCCAUAACCUCACUCGGAGAUGCGGCGCGACAAUCGGGCAUCCAUCUGGUGACUUGCUCCGAUGGCAACUGGGGCCGCGCCACGGCGCGCAUGGCUCGAUAUCUGGGGAUCCCGGCAACGGUGUUCGUGCCGCAGAAUAUCGACGACGCGACGCAGGUCAGGAUUCGGAGCGAAGGCGCCACGGUGGGCGUGGUCGAGGGUAACUAUGAUGACUCUAUUGCUACCGCGAAAGAAGAAGCGGAGAGGACGGGCGCAUUGCUUGUUAUGGACACCUCAUGGGCCGGGUUCACGGAAGUGUCUUCAUGGGUCGUUGAAGGCUAUUCCACCGCUCUGGAAGAGGUCGACCAGCAACUCGUGCAGUUGACCGGUGACAAACCUCCGACAUGCAUCAUCGGUUCUGUCGGGGUGGGCUCCUGGAUGCAAUCCGUAACUGCGCAUUUCAAAGCCAAGAACCCACCCUGCACCGUCGCCACGGUCGAGCCGGAGACAUCUGCAUGUCUGAAGGCGAGCCUCGAAGCCGGGAAGAUGACCACGAUCCGCACAGGCGACACCAUCAUGUGCGGGAUGAACUGCGGCACGGUUUCCGAGAUCGCAUGGCCGGUUCUUCGGAACGGAGUGGAUGCCGCGGUGGCGAUCUCCGACUGGGACUCCCAUCGGGCGGUGCAGUACCUUCACGGCCGUGGGGUCAACGCCGGGCCCUGCGGAGCGGCGUCGGUGAGUGCGCUGAGGAUGCUGAAGGACGAGGGGAAGUUGGAGUUGGGAGCGGAUGCGGUGGUGGUCCUCCUAUCAACAGAAGGGUAUCGAGAGUAUAACAUCCCCCCUGAAGCGUAGGCUAUUGUUAAAUAGCGAACUUUGAAGCAUCGUAUAUUUCAAGGAGACUCAUGUUAUGCUUCCAUAUACUGCCCCACACAAACAGUAGAUAUGGUCAAUGCACCGUAAAGUCAGAACCAAUAUAUGAUGGCA